GCGUUAAUUAGGCAACACAGUUCAUCCCCUUCCAGCGUUCACUCCCGUCCAUACAUUCCCCAUCAAAAAGCAAAGCAACCCACUCUCUUCGAUCCCCCAUCACCUCAUUUUCCCACGAAAACGAACAGAAAUAUCUAAACCCUUGUGAAGGAAAACAUGAGAGAAAUCUUGCAUAUCCAAGGAGGUCAAUGUGGGAACCAGAUCGGGGCUAAGUUCUGGGAAGUCAUAUGCGACGAGCACGGAAUCGACAACACCGGCAAGUAUAACGGCGACUCAGAUCUUCAGCUGGAGCGGAUCAAUGUCUACUACAAUGAAGCCAGUGGCGGUAGGUAUGUCCCUCGCGCUGUUCUCAUGGAUCUGGAACCCGGUACUAUGGACUCCGUCAGAUCUGGUCCUUUUGGCCAGAUCUUUCGUCCCGAUAACUUCGUCUUCGGUCAGUCUGGUGCUGGGAACAACUGGGCCAAGGGUCAUUACACCGAGGGAGCUGAACUCAUUGAUUCCGUUCUUGACGUCGUAAGAAAAGAAGCUGAGAACUGUGAUUGUUUACAGGGAUUUCAAGUUUGUCAUUCGUUGGGAGGAGGUACCGGAUCUGGAAUGGGAACCCUUCUGAUUUCCAAGAUUAGGGAGGAGUAUCCGGAUCGCAUGAUGUUGACUUUUUCGGUAUUCCCUUCUCCUAAGGUGUCUGAUACAGUUGUUGAACCAUACAAUGCUACCCUUUCUGUUCAUCAGCUUGUUGAGAAUGCUGAUGAAUGCAUGGUGUUGGACAAUGAAGCUCUCUAUGACAUCUGCUUCCGCACCCUCAAGCUGGCCACGCCAACUUUUGGUGAUCUUAACCACCUCAUCUCUGCUACCAUGAGUGGUGUCACAUGCUGUCUAAGGUUUCCUGGACAGCUGAACUCUGAUCUUCGUAAGCUGGCUGUCAAUCUUAUUCCCUUCCCUCGACUACACUUCUUCAUGGUUGGAUUUGCACCCCUGACAUCCAGAGGAUCACAGCAGUACCGGAACCUGACUGUCCCCGAGCUGACUCAGCAGAUGUGGGAUGCCAAAAACAUGAUGUGUGCUGCUGACCCACGCCAUGGCCGAUACCUUACUGCUUCUGCAAUGUUCCGGGGUAAGAUGAGCACUAAGGAGGUUGAUGAACAAAUGAUCAAUGUCCAGAAUAAGAAUUCAUCAUACUUUGUUGAGUGGAUUCCUAACAACGUGAAGUCUAGCGUGUGCGACAUCCCACCUAAGGGUCUGAAACUGGCAUCCACUUUCAUCGGAAAUUCAACUUCCAUUCAGGAGAUGUUUAGGAGGGUUAGCGAGCAGUUUACUGCAAUGUUCAGGAGGAAAGCUUUUUUGCAUUGGUACACUGGUGAGGGAAUGGAUGAGAUGGAGUUUACUGAAGCAGAGAGUAACAUGAAUGAUUUAGUUGCAGAGUAUCAGCAAUACCAGGAUGCAACUGCAGACGACGAGUACGAGGAAGUAGAGGAAGAAGAAGAGGAUUUUAAUGCUUGAGUUAUUAAUGAUAUGUAUAACUCGGUUGCGAGAUGUUUAUGUUGUCAAACUUUAGUUGACAUAACAUAAUAUAUGUGAUUGUUGUGAGUUCUACGUUGUAUCUUUGAUGGAUUGAGUUCUUGUGACUCUACAUUUGCUUCUACAGCUUUUGAUGAAUGAUAAGACUUGAAUUAAUAUUAUUUGUCUACUA